AUGGAGAGAUUUAUCUAUCCCCUCUACAGUGUGUACCAGGGGUACGGUGGCACCCUCAUGUCCAGCCAGGGUGGGGGCUUGGUGGGCCCCAAACAGAAGCAGCUCAAGUGGAAGCAAAGCAAAGGCAGGAGCCCUUCCCUGGGCGUUCCCAUCACUCCCGCCACAGCAGCUGGCCCGGAGCCCGCUGACUACCUGGACGGCUACAUGUGGGCGCAGCUCAAGGCGCUGCUGUCCCAAGUGAGCCCAGGCCUCCCCCUACGGCUCUGCAAGGCCAACACCAAGGAUCUGGGCGUGCAGGUGAACCGGGUGGAUGCCUCAGUGCAGUGCUAAAUGGGGCCCUGCACACUGCAGGGCAGCUUCCCGCAGAGCUCCUCAAACCCCUUCAGCUGGGCGGGCCCAGCCAUCUACUCACCUGGGUUGGACUGGCACCUCUUCACCCUGGCCGCGGUGGCCAGGCCUCAGGUGGCGCCACCCACAGCCCCGGAGAGGAAGGAGGGAGCCGGCGGAGAGCAGGUGGCGCCACAGCUGGAGGAAGAGCCUGGCAAGAGGAGCCAGGGAGCAGACACCGCCCCUUCCCAGCAGCCGCAGCCGGAAGAGACUGAGGCGGUGCCGCAGGGAGAAGGGGCCGCCGAGAUGAAGAGAUCCACCUUCCAGUUCUUGGAACAGAAGUAUGGCUAUUUUCAUUGUAAAGACAGCAAAACCAGAUGGGAGAGUGUGUAUGUGUGGUACAUUUCUGGAAGUAACAGGGUUUACUUUAAACAACUCUGUCACAAAUGCCAAAAGGACUUCAAUCCUUAUUGAGUGGAAGCAAUCCAGUGCCAGACUUGCUCAAAGACUCGUUGCUCCUGCCCCCAAAGACACAUUGACCUCAAGAGACUCCACCGCCAAGAGCUGUGUGGUCACUGCAAAGGCAAGAGACUAUUCUGUGACAACACUUAUAGCUUUAAGUACAUUGUUUGA